CACAGGUUCGACAGACAGACAGAGCAAGGUCCCCGAAGUGGAUGUGUAUUGACCGAACUCGGAAAAUAUAUCAAUACGUCUAUUGAACUGUUUAUAUUUUUCAGCUUUCGUGUUUACAUGUGAGCAUGUUUCAACGAAAUCAAUGUGCAGAAAUUAAAAAUCUGGAGACAGAGGAAGAAAAUAUUUAAUUCUAAUAUUCCAUUGGAAUGAACUUGACAGCGGUAUUGCCUGUAGCGAUUAGUUAAAUUUUUACUUGUGAUCAUGCCUCCUCAAUCAAUGAUGGACCAUACUAUUAAUCUACUACCUACGCAAUGUACUGAAGAUCCACAGGCUACACGAGUGAAAUGUGUGUUACUCGGGGACGGUGCAGUGGGGAAAACCAGCCUAGUGGUCAGUUAUACCACAAACGGAUACCCUACCGAAUACACCCCCACCGCCUUCGAUAAUUUCUCUGUUGAGGUGAAGGUCGACCAGACCCCAGUUCAUCUACAGCUGUGUGAUACAGCAGGACAGGAUGAUUUCGAUUCCCUACGCCCGCUGUGCUACCCAGGGACAGAUGUAUUUCUCCUGUGCUUCAGUGUUGUGACUCCCACGUCUUUCCACAAUGUGGCAGAGAAAUGGGUACCAGAAAUUCGCAAACAUUGUCCCAAAGCCCCCAUAGUUCUAGUCGGCACCCAGUGUGAUCUGCGAAAUGACGUGAAAGUGUUGAUCGAACUCGCUCACUAUAAAGAAGAGCCUGUGCCCGUGGAAGAGGCACAGAGAAUGGCCGAUAACAUUGGGGCAACGUAUAUAGAAUGCUCCGCUCUCACCCAGAAAAACUUGAAGGAAGUGUUUGACACUGCUCUUCUCUGUGCUCUCAAAUUAACUGACUCUUUAAAAAGAAACAAACCAGCUCGCCAAUCCAAAAAAGGUUCAAAGAAAACAGAAACCUUUACACCAAAGAGAACAGAGGGUGGUCCACAGCACAAGAAAGGAGGAUGGAAGAAAUUUUGCUGCUUUCUAUGACCCAGGUUUCCUCCAUCCGAAAUCAUCCAGUCACAGCUCAGUUCACUGAAAUUUCAUCCAACCCAAUCAUCUUUCAGAAUACAUAAAAGUUUCAUCCAAUCACUGCUCAUUAUCAUAUACCUUGCAUCCAAGUUCCCCAGAAUCUACAUCGAAGCAUACUUUUAUUUUUCAUAUAGCUCAAAAGCAGUUAGUUGAAUGCCCUUAAUUAAGAUUAUUGAAUUGUACAAUGAUUAAAUGAUUGUAAAUUCUAAUACAAUAAUAUUUUUGUUUUUUUUUUAUAACCAAUAUUUUAGAAUGAAAAAGAAGUUGUUUCCCUGGAGAUUUUAAUUUGAGAUUUCAAAACAAAAAUCUGUAUUUAUACAUAUCAGUGUUUGAUAGAUUAGAGAUAUGUCAAUCAUUUAUCCAUUUAAUUUAUUUUGUGAAUAAGUUUUUUUAAUGCCUGACUUGAGGGAAUGAGUAUUUUCAAAUGCAGAGGAUUAAUGUCUGUGAUGAAAGGAUUAGAGAUUAUUGUGUAUUCAUGCAUAGAUUUCAAUGUGCAAUUUAAAGUGAACACUAGUUCCAAAGAGCUUCUCAUGGGAAUACUUUGUUUGCUUUCAUUUUAAUUUUUUUUGCACUGCUUUAAAGAAAAGAAAUGUCACCGCAGGCCUAAAACAGAGAAAAAAUGUGGGUCACCUUAGAAAUCAUUAUUCAAUAUGCUAGGUCACAAAACAAUACCAUCAGCUGCUUUGUACGACUUCAAACCUGCCCCCCUUUUAGAUAAUACGGUCAUGAGAACGUGAUAUCCGCAUUAUGUGAAGCUUCAAGCAUUUUAUAAACUAGGAAAGAAAUCGUGGGAAAGGGUUUUUAGUUUUUUUGGGUGCUUUUUUGUGUUUUUCUUUAUUUUUGAAAAAUAUAUUUUGUUUUCAUCACAAGGAAGAUAAAAAAAACAUGACGCUUCAAUGGGAUAACAUUGUUUGGUCAUGGCCAAGCAAACAAUUGGAACAUAGUGGUGGAUAUCAUUUCAAAUCUAGAGGUUUUUUUUACCCAGAAGUGUAAAUUGUUGGAUUUGAGAUAGUAUUGUGAAAACUUCCCACUCCCAGAUUCAAGAUAAUGACUGAUUUUUUUUUAAACUGACAGAUUUUCAUCAAAAAAGUAGUUCAAUGAACAUUUUCGUACAAUAUGCAUAAUUAAAGAACAGUCAUAUAUUUAUGUCUGUUAGAAAAGAUCAUCUCUGCCCCUUUAGGAAGAAUAAUAAAUAAGAUCUCAUGAUCAAAGUAGAGAUCUUUGCAGAUAGAGCAAUGAUAUGUUAUGAAAUUCUUCGGUCUAACUUGAUCAGUUUCAUUGUACUGGGUACCUGACUUUGAGACUCUAGUUCUUCAUGUGAUGAGAUGUACUCUUCAGAAUAAUUUUAUCUGAUCUUUACUAGUCAUAACCCCUCUUUGGUAUUCAUAUAUACUGCCUUGGAUAGAAAUCUUAUAUCUGUAGGACGUUGUCAGAUUUUUGACAUAGCUUGAUAAAAAAAAAAGCCUUUUUUUUUGAAGGGUGAAGGUGCUCAGAAUUAAUGUGUAAUUCAUUAUAAUUAAUGACAACUGGGAAAAUUUCCAUGGCAAAUUCUGUUUGGAAACAAGUAAACUUGUCCUGUUUUUUCGUCUGACAAUGAGAAUUCCAAUUCACUUGUGUUUAUGUUGAGUCAAGAUACGAAAACAAGAUUUAUUGUAUAACGUACAUGUUCUCUUUAUCUGCAUUGUGGGAUGUCAGUGUUUUUUGUUCAGGUCACUUGAUGAUUAUGAUAGAUUGGUGCUCUAUCUUUGUCAACGGGAGACCAACACAUGGUAGAAUUUGCCACUAGAUCCCUGUUUUUAUGUACAUCGUGGUUCUCUGUUUAUAUGUGGUGGCGAUACCUGUGGCUCUGUUUGUAUGCGGUCAGACACCCAUCUUUAAUCAUGAGAAUUCUCGGAGAGAUAUUGCAUGUUUGAUACUAAUCUUUUACAUUCAUCAGACCAAAGCAUUAUUUCAUUCCCUUUUGUUAUAUUUCUUAUUUGUCUGUUGGGUUUUCUGGUUUUAAUCUCUCUCUUUUUUACCUGGGUAUGUUCCACAGAAAGAAAUAUUUUAUUUUUUUUUGAAAAUAUUGCCUUUAAGGUGACAAGAGCACCAUUGAAAUUCUUUUUGUAUUGUGAAGAUCAUUUCUACUGUAAAAAAUUUGUCUUCAAUGUUAGAUCAGGAGGAAAAUUGUAGGGGGAGAUAACGAAAGCCAAAACGGCCUUGGAACAUUAUUUUAUUGUUAUACUUUUUUGUUGAGGACCAUAAGGUCCUGUUGUUGUUACAUAAUGGAAAGGAAAUGCUGUCUUUCAUUCUCUCGUUUGUUCAAUUUUUACUCCUCAGUUUAUGAACAAUGUCUCUUGUUUUGUAAUACAUUUGUGUUUUAUGAUGAGAGAGAAACGAUAAGGCACUUUGUGUAUUCUUUCAAGAGAAACAUUUUUAGCAAUAGAACAAGCCGGGAGAAAAAUGUACAAACAAUGAGUGUUUUAAUAAUAAAAAAUAUGUAAUUAUUCAUCA